UCAGCUGUGGUGUGCUAGGGCAAAAACAAAAAUAUGCACCCAGGUGGAGCCSCAGGACCGAGUUUGGGAAACCUUGAUAAUGGUCAAGCCAAAAUGCCAUAGUGACUUUGUAUCACAACAUUUCAAUACAUACCAUUAGAAUAAUAGGAAACAGAGUACAGACCAAUAGAAGCAAUCUCCUUCCUCUGUGAAGUUGUUGGUKAARUCUGYGGAUAAAACGUAUUCGUCUACUUAUUUGAGGAGAAAGGACUGGCAGAAUUAUUUACGUGAUUUUUGUACAGCAAUGCUGACAUUUCCAUUACCUCAGCUCAAGCGUUUCCAGACUAACCCUAAUGAAUAACAACAUGUCAAAUUUAGUAUUUCUCUAAAUGUUCAUUAAAGGCUUUCUCUUGAUAGAUGGAUUUAGCAACAGCAGAGGAUGGAUUGUGACAGAUAUGUAUAGAAAAUGACUAUAUGAAAAAGAAAUGUCAAAUUAUAAUUUCAUUUACAUUGCUUUGUUCAAAGGUGUUCUUAGUGAACAGAUCAUUCCGAGACACAUUCAUAAAUUUCAUAUUUUAAACUCUGCUCCCCCCUAGUGGUUAUAAUUUGAAAAGGAGUAGGCUUAUAUUUUGAGUGUAAUCAUUUUGAUUUCUUGUAAAAUUAUUCUACAAAUAGCCUURAAUUCUAUUGUGAACAUGCCAUGUUGACCAAUAACWAAAUCUAUUUGCAUAAUGUUAUUUGGGAUGUUAUAGUACGGUAUUUUUUGUUGUUCUUUUGGAAUUUAUUGGAACUAUGAUAAAAUGUCUAUUGAUUAUAAUGUUAUAACAUCCGAAUGUCAUCAAAUUGUUUGCGGGGCUUUUAUGUAUACAAAUACKWACUCUUUUCUAUUUUUACCUAUGACCUGUCACUGGCAUUAAACAAAGCCUGUGUGUCCAUGUAUGCUGAUGAUUCAACCAUAUACGUGUCAGCAACCACAGCUAAUGAAGUCGCUGAAUCCCUUAAGAGUUGCUGUCUUUUUUGGAAUGGGUGGCCAGUAAUAAACUGGUCAUAAACAUCUCUGUAUUUGAUACAAAUCAUUCCCUAGGUUCUAGACCUCAGCUGAAUCCCCAAGUCAGCUGAAAAGUAGCUUACAUUCCAGGGACAUUAAUUGACUUAGGCCUGAGGCCUUGACUCAGCACCCUAACUAAGAUGUACCGUAUUUGCUUAAAAUAAUUAAAAAAWWAUUCUGUUACCAUAGAUAAGAAGARGCAAUUUUGAAUGWAUUAUAAGGGGUGUGGAAUUUUGUCUCUCCAAUCAGAGCUAAUCUCUUCUUGGCCUCUAUCCAACACCACACCCUCUAGAGGUUCAGAGUGCACAUGCUCACACACAGAACCAGGAAGUGAGUGUGGCAAAAUGGCAGAAGCUAUGGACUCGAUCAGUUGUUCGAUUUGUCUGGAUACACAGAAGGAUCCAGUGACUAUUCCCUGUGGGCACAGCUACUGUAUGGGCUGUAUGAAGGGUUACUGGGAUCAGGAUAAUCAGAAGGGUGUCUACAGCUGCCCACUGUGCAAGGAAAGCUUUAUUCCUCGGCCAGUUCUGAAGAAAAACACUCUGCUGGCUGAAUUAAUGGAAAAACUUAAGGAAGGACUUGUAGUUUCUUCUCCAGCUCACUAUUAUGCUGGAUCUGGAGAUGUGGAGUGUGACUUCUGCACUGGGAGAAAACUCAAAGCCGUCAUGUCCUGUCUGGGGUGUCUGGCCUCUUACUGUGAGACUCACCURCAGCCUCACCAUGAAUCUCCUGCUUUCAAGAAGCACAAGCUGAUCAAAGCCUCCACACAACUACAAGAGAAGAUCUGCUCUCGUCAUGACAAACUGUUAGAGGUUUACUGCCGCACCGAUCAGCAGUUGAUCUGUUAUCAGUGUUUAUUAGAUGAACAUAAAGGCCAUGAUACAGUCUCAGUUGCAGCAGAAAGGACUGAGAAACAAAGGCAGUUGGAGAACAAAAGGCAGAAAUCUCAGCAGAGAAUCCAGAAGAGAGAGAYGGAGAUGCAGGAGGUAAGACAGUCUAUGAAGUCACUCAAGCUCWCUGUUCAGGCAGCGAUGGAGGACACUGAGAGGAUCUUUACUGAGCUGAUGCGCUCCAUUGAACGAAGUUGCUCUGAGGUGAAGGAGCUGAUCAGAGCCCAGGAGAAGAUUGAAGUGAUUCUGGCUGAAAAACUCAUGGCGCAAUUGAAGCAGGAGGUCGCUGAGUUGAGGAGGAGAGAKGCUGAAUUUGAGCAGCUCUCAAACACAGAGGAUAAUAUCCAUUUCCUCCAGUGUUUCCAGUCUCUCUCUGUCCCUCCUCGAUCUGAGACCGUCAUCACCGUCAACCAAUGCAUCUCCUUUGAGGGUGUAAAGAAAUUYCUCUCUGGGCUGAAAAAGCAACUAGAAGAUCUAUUUAAGAAGGAAAUGACCAAGGUACCUGGACUGGAUCAGCUUACAUUGGAUCCCAACACAGUACAUAACCGUCUGUGUCUAUCUGAGGGGAAUAGAAAGGUGACAUGGAGCUCUAGGUUCCAGUCCUAUCCUGACCAUCCAGACAGGUUUACCUCACACCCACAGGUGCUAUGUAGCAAGGGUCUGUCUGGYGCCUGCUACUGGGAGGUUGAGUGGAGAGGGUUUGGGGUUUAUAUAGCUGUCUCAUAUAAAGGCAUCAGCAGGAAAUGCAGAGAGGAGUGUUUGUUUGGACAGAAUGAUCAAUCCUGGUGUUUAAUCUGCUCUSACUCGGGCUGUUCUUUCUACCACAAUGAUAAAAAGACUGCCAUACGUGUCCCCUACUCCUCCAGAGUAGGAGUGUACCUAGACCACAAGGCAGGGACUCUGUCCUUUUACAACGUCUCUGAUACAAUGAUCCUCCUCCACAGAGUCCAGACCAAAUUCACAAAGCCCCUUUAUCCUGGGCUUGGAUUUCAGCAUGGGAUCAAUUUUGGUUUUGGACCAUCUGUUAAGAUACUUUCAUUGACACAGAAAGGAACUUUGAUAUGAAUAUAUGUAGACAUGAUUACAGUAAUUGCAUACAGAUGUAAGAUCUUAAUUUGAGCCCAGUUUGCUACACCAGGAAAAACCUGCAGCAACAGGAAAUUUGAAUUUUUAUGUGGAUUAAAUAAUGGAGAUUUUUGUUCGGGUUGAUCAAUUUUUCGUAAGGGAAAAUCAAGUCUGAAAUUUGUAAAUGGAAAUUUCAAACUUCAGAAGCCUUUUUUAAACCUCAAGUACAAUGCAAGUUAAAUUGCCGCCAUUGCAGGAAAGUUAUCCUGCAACAGAGGGAUCAAAUUAAGAUCCUACAUAUGUAAUGAUCUGAAAAAAAUAUAUACUUUACAACUAGAAAGGUUAAAUGUCCUAAAGAAAAUGUGUGUGCUUGCUUCAGCCGUCUAAAAAUAUGUUUUUAUGGAAGUGGGAGAUGUGUUUAGAUGUAGAAUUUAAGAUAAACAGAAACUGAAGCAGUGUAAUAAUAGCCUAGUAUGGAUAGGUCUGAUUUCUUUAGUAGACUAUAUAAGUCAAAUGUAUGUAAGCUAUGUUAGUAAAAGUAUUUUUCAUUUUAGUGAAAGAAGAUGUUGUUGUUGUAGCUGGUAGACAAUAGCAUCUAUGGUCCAAGGAGUAGAUAAAUAUGAUAAGAUUUUAAGCUCGAACGUGGCCACUACGAACCAAUUAAUGUGCAUAGAGGUGUGGCCUGACAAAUGUAUUCUUGUAAAUCAGACAGAUUUGACAUGUAACUAUAUAGCUAUCAGUUGGAAAGACUGACUUUCUUCAUUGUUUUCAAUCCAUUAGCCAAAUAAAAUGUGUUUAUUACUAUUCA